AUGUCUACUGAAAAUGAAUUCAAGGAAUUUGAUGAUGAACAAAGUCAAGAUCAUUAUAAGGUUUCUGCUAAGAAGACCUUAGAUGAAUAUAAAACAUUAGAUGCAGAAGAUGAAUCAUUGGCAAAGUGGAAGGAGUCUCUUGGAUUAUGUGCUGAUGUGUUGCCUUUGGAAUUCCCCGGAGAUAAGAGAAGAGUUGUUAUUAAAAAGAUUCAAUUGAUCAUCGAUACUGAGAAAGAACCAAUUACGUUUGAUUUGACAAAUGAACAGACUAUUAAAGAAUUGGCAAGCAAGCGUUAUAAGAUUAAAGAGAAUUCGAUUUAUAAAUUGAAGAUAAUAUUCAAAGUUCAACAUGAGAUUAUCACUGGGUUAAGAUACGUUCAAUAUAUUAAGAAAGCAGGGAUUGCAGUAGAUAAGAUUGACGACCAUUUAGGUUCUUAUGCACCAAAUACAAAAACUAAACCUGUAUAUGAGGUUGAGUUGCCUGAAAGUGAGGCACCAAGUGGCUUUUUAGCUAGAGGUAAUUAUAGUGCAGUUUCAAAAUUUAUUGAUGAUGAUAAGGUCAAUCAUCUAACAUUGAAUUGGGGUGUUGAGAUUGUUAAGAAAUAA